AUGAAACUCCUCCCAAUUGCUGCCGCAGCACUCGCAGCACUCCCGCUAGCCACCGCAGACUGGCAAUUCAAAACCCGCCCGGACCUCGCUCCCCCGCGAUUGAACAUCACAAUCCCCGCUACCCCGGACGUGGAAAAGGGCUACCUAUUCGUAGCCCCCUUCCCAGGCCUGCCCGACACAAGCACCGAGCAGCACGGCCCACGCCAGGAAGGACCCUACAUCCUCACCUCGACUGGCGAAUUAGUCUGGUCGGGAUAUACAUACUACUCAAUCUGGGCGACGAACUUUCAAGCCGCGAAAUGGAAAGGCCGCGAUAUCCUCUUUAGUUUCGAAGGGGACCAUAAUCCGAAUUACGGACAUGGGCACGGUCAUGCGACAAUUUUGGAUCAGUCGUAUGAGACGGUGCGGGAGUUGAGGGCGGGGAAUCAUAAGUUGAUGGAUAAGCAUGAGUUUCAUGUGAUCAACGAGGAGACGGCGUUGAUUCAGGUUUAUCAGCCGAGGCCGGUGGAUUUGGGGAAGUGGGGUGGGGGUGUUGAGCAGCAGUGGAUUGUGGAUGCGAUUUUUCAGGAAUUGGAUAUCGUGACUGGUGAAUUGCUCUUUGAGUGGGCGAGCCUCGACCACAUCUCUCCUGAUGAGGCUAUCAUCCCCCUAAACCCCGGCCAAGCCGGCUCGGGCUACAACUCCUCCGACGCCUGGGACUACUUCCACAUCAACUCCGUCGACAAAGACGGCGAUGGCAACUACCUCAUCUCCGCGCGCGAUGCCUGUUCUGUGCACAAAAUCAACGGGACGACCGGCGAGAUCAUCUGGCGAUUGGGCGGGAAGCGUUCGGACUUUGAACUCGGUCCCAAUGUCGCGUUUUGCUUCCAGCAUCAUGCGCGCUUUGUCUCUCAGGAUGAGGACGCGGAGGUGAUUUCUCUAUUCGACAACUCAGCGCAUGGCACGGAGAGUGGUCGCGGCACAGAACUGCACACGCAUCCCUUCUCGCAGGGCAAGAUCAUCAGAGUCAACACGGCUACGUGGACAGCGAGCAUCGUGCAAGCCUUCCAGCCUCCGGACGGCCUUCUGGCAAAGUCGCAGGGUGGCAUGCAACUCCUCCCCAACGGCAACGCGCUGGUGAAUUGGGGCUCUGAAGGCGCAGUGACUGAAUACAAAUCCGACGGCACGCCCAUUUUCCACGCAUACAUGGACUCGGGCUUUCUGGGUGAAGGUGUCCAGAACUACCGCGCCUUCCGGUACAACUGGACCGGUUUCCCGAACGAGGCUCCUGCCAUUGUCUCCCAGAAGACAUCCUCCGGAACAACCGUGUAUGUCUCCUGGAACGGAGACACAGAAACAGGUGUCUGGCGCUUCUAUGCCGUCACCGACGCAUACGGAUCACGCUCAUACCUAGGCGAGACUAAGCGAAAUGGCUUCGAGACAGCAUUCGUGGUAAAAGGAGUGGCGGUGGAGCGAGUCGCUGCCGAGGCGGUUUCGUCCUCGGGGAAGAUUCUAACCUCGACUAGUGUUGCUGUGAUCGAGGACGAGAUCCGCCCGGGGUUCCUGCAGAGCAUCCUUGCUGUGUGA